CGCGCUACGCGAUAUCACUGGUCGGUCAUGUGUGCGUCACUAUUCUCACGUUCACACAACAUUGGUACCGUUCGGAGGAGUCGAGUCGUCGUCGUCGUCGUCGUCAUCGUCGUCGUCGUCGUCGUCGUCCUCUCCGUCGUCGUUGUCGUUGUUGUCGUUGUUGUCGUUGUCCUCGUCGUUGUCGUUACUACCGUCAUUGAAGUAGCGUGUGCCCAGUAUACAAAACGGUGCGCGCCCGGAAGUUCAAAGUGUUCCUUCUUAUCCUCCUUGUCUUAUUAUUCUUCGUCUUCUUCCUCUUCGUCGUCCUCGUCCUCGUCGUCUUUGACGUCUUUGACGUCGUUGACGUCGUUGACGUAGUGUUGGACAGUGCUGUGAAUAAGAGGAAAGAGAUAAGGGGAAGGUGCGAUACACAGGAGUUCGGAAGGAAGGAAGGAAAGGACAGUUGAUCACAGGCUACGGGAAAGUAACUGGAUUUAUUCUCGCCUCAUGGUAACGGCCUUCGUUUCAAUACGAGUGAUAUCUAAUAUUGAAGGGGUAAAGAAGAGGGAAAGAAAGAUCGAAGAAAAUUAAUAGGACGAAGGAAACGAAUGAUAAUAGGUGAAAAAUAAAAAAAAAAUAUAUAAAAAAAAAAACAGAAGAUAGAAGAAAUUAAUGAAGAGAGAAGAAAACUGAAUGAAGAAGAUAUAAUAUUUAGUUCUGUGCAAGGUGAAAUAUUAUUUUCUUGCAAGUGGCAAGAAUAAAUAAGUAAGAAGUGUAAGAAGAAUCGGUGAUAUCGCGAGUGUUGUUUUCUUUUUUUUUUCUCUCUCUCAUUCUCUCACUUUGUCUCUUUCUUCCCUCCUCCCUCUCCCUCUUUCUCUCUCUCUUUUUCUCUCUCUUUCUCUUCGUCUUAACAAAAAUAAGCGAAAAUACGUGAGAAUACGUGAAAAUAUAGUGUGCUCUAAGGGCUUGAGAGAAGAGAGAGAGAGAAAAAGAAAAAGAAAAAAGGAAAUUACAAAAAAAGAAAAAGUGGAAUUGGAAGUUGACGAAAAGAGAAGUGAAUAAACAAAAACGAAGACAGGCGAAAAAAAUAAUCAACAAAAAAGUAGCAGCAUCAGUAGCAAUAAUAACAACAACAAUAACAAAAGGAAAAGAAACGGGGGUAAAAGAAAUAAAUAAGUGGGGGUGGCCGUGGAUCCGAAGUCGCGGAUUCGGCGGAACGCGCGCGAGCGAGCGUUUACCGAUCGUCGUAAUAUGGCGUACAAGUUUCGCGAGGAGAUCGUGGGAAAGAGGUUCCUCUCGGUGAGUGGUUUCACCAAGCUGAAGGUGAAUAAGAUCAUUGAGUGGGGUUGGCGGGCGGGGGUGAUACGUGCAGCCAGUCACAGGGAUAACGACUGUCACGAUCUUCAGAUCCUUGUGGAGUACGACGACGUUGAGUGGCAAAGGCGAGAGUGGUUAUCCCCUCAUAGGGAUGCCGUGUUUUCCUUCUUCCUCGUUGAAAAAGGGCUUUAUUGGGGUGAACGUGCAGAUCCCAGGCACGCAAGUCUCGUAACCAUCGAUCAUCACAAUAACGCUAACAAUAAUCAUCAUCAUAAUAAUCAUCAUCAUCAUCAUCAUCAUCGUAUCAACGGGAAACCGCUCAGAGGUUCAACCGCUACUGCCAACACCGUUGCUUGGCCCGCUCUUACUUUUUAUCCUCUCGUGGCACGCGCCGAACUUCCGGAAGACGCAAUGCCGAUAGAAUUCAUGCAAGAUCGGAGAUUGGACUUUGUCGAUUAUGCGAAAUUAAAACCAUUCACCCAGGAAUGGGAGCUAACUAAGGGUAGCUUGCCCUGGGUCGGUGCGGUUCGAAGAUGGGCAGAGAUGCAGGACGGUCAGAGAAUCCUGUUGACGACGCCAAGCGUCCUUGUUGGUUUCCGUGUCGAGGUUUAUCGUGCAGAAGGUACGACACAGUGGUACACGGCUGUUAUAGUUGGAUACAACGAAUCUACCAAGGAUUUGACUGUGACCGACGACACCGUUCUUGAAGAUCACAAUGAAGAUCCAAGUUUGGUACAGAUGCGUUUGAUCGGUGACGGAGUCGUGGAGAGUAUCAUGAGGGGCGAGGUCGUCGGAAUGACACCAAGGAGGUCGAGGUCAUCGACUGCUCUGACGCACGCACUGGUCGUGCCCAGACCAGGAAGGAGAUCACGAGGACGUCCUGGUAACAAUACGUCACAAUUGCAACCAACGCCCAGAGUGCAAAGUCCGAUUACCCAGCAUCUAGAUAAAGGUAAGAAAAUUAUUCAGAAUGAUUCACCGAGCAAACUUUCGAACGAGACGGAUGUCCGGCAAACGUCUCAUAAAAGUACGUCGCGUAACAAUAAUCGUAGAAGACGAAUCAGCGAAGGUGCAGGCCGCGAGAAAACAGAUAAGGACAGCGAACCGGUUUUAUCGUCUACCAGACAACAAGAGGAUCGGGAGAACAAGGGCCCGUCGACCGGUAGAUUCGGUGGUAAUCGAAUAUCACGUUCAACGUUAGAGGAGUCUAACAGUGGUGGCGCUACCGCCACGAAAUUACGUAAACGUGCCGUUACACUACGUAAUUUGUUGGAGAGCGUGACGAAGAGAACCGUCCGAAGGAAAUUAAGACCUUGCGUACAGAAAACUAAAAAGGAUUCCGAGGAGCUCGAUCGCCGGCGGACCGUUCUAAGAUCUACCGAAAGUAGUAAAGAAGAGGAGGAAGAGGAGGAAGAAGAGGAGGAGGAGGAGGAGGAGGAGGAGGAACGUUUAGGAGGAAGUGGUGGUGGAAGUAAAUCGGAAGAGGAAGAGGACGAGGAGGACGAAGAGGAGGAAGACGAGGAAGCUGCGGAACACCAGGAGCAGCGGCAGCAUCAGCAACAGCAUCAGCAGCAGCAUCAGCAGCAGCAGCAGCAGGUGAAGGAAGAGGAGGAAGAGAAGGUAACUGAACAUCAUACGGAAGAGGAAGGAAAGGAAGCUCGGGAGAAACGUGAACAUAACGAUCCUCUUUCAAAGAGACUCAAAACAAGUCCGGUCGGUCGAAAGCUAAGAUCCGAUCGUAAGUCGAAGAACUUGGAGGAAUCUUUGUUGGAUCGUGAGUUGGACCUAGAGGAUACUACUAAGGAGGAAGGUAAAAGAGGGGAUCGGGACGGUGCGAAAAGGCGGCUGGACAAGUCUGAAGAGGACGAGGAGAGUCAAUCGAGAGAACGAGAUCAGGAACCGGAGCCCCCACCUCCUGAGAGACUCGAUCCUGGAGGUAAGCCUCCGCAAAAUCCCGACACGUUAGAUCGGGAGAAGAAGUUUCCGGCUGAGUCGGUUCUCGUGAAUGGCUCUCUCGUUGAUUCGGAACUCGAGAGGAAGAAGAAGGAGGAGAUCGUCGAUGUCGUCGAGAGUGGGUCGUUAAAGUUGUCGCCCAGAUCGUCCAGGUCGACGUCUCCACGACGAUCGAAGGCUGUGGCGAGUUUCGAGAAGGGGGUGGGGGAGGAGGAAGACGGGGAGGAGGAGGGGGAGGAGGAGGCGGAGGCCAAGGAGGAAUCCGAUAGGAAGGACGGCGAGGAAAGACGGAAAAACGAUCGCAAAAACGAGAGGAAAGAGGAGGAGGAGGAGGAGGGCAAGGGUGAGGAUCGUGGCGCGCACCGAUCCCCUCGAAGAACCGUGCCGAACAACGCCGAGCUAGGCACGGAAGAUAGCGUGGGUAGUGCGAGCGUCGGGUCGGUCGUCGAGCUGCUGGAGUCGAGUAGUCAGGACUCAGGCUCCGUGCUGGAGAGGCUGAGUCCACUUAGCAGCGGUGGCGGCGGCGCUGGGAGGCAGAACAAUUUGCUCCUAGACCAGCAACGGGAGCAAGAACGUAGUCGGCACAACGAGAGCCCUGUCAUUCUAGCCGAAAAACUAAACAAGCCUCCACCGUCGGUCGCCGGCCAUCAUCAUCACCAUCACCACCACCAGCAGCAACAACAACAACAACAACAACAACAACAACAACAACCGCAAACGCAACAACAGCAACAGCAUCAUCACCAACAGCAGCAGCAGCAACAACAACAACAACAACAACAACAACAGCAAGCUCAACAUCAGCAACAGCAGCACCACCUCCAUCACCACCAUCAGCAGCAACAGCAUCAACAGCAACAACAACAGCAGCCACAACAGCAACACCUUCAACACCAGCAGGGACAACAGCAACAACAAGUAACUCACCAGCAGCAACAACAAUCUUAUCACCAUCAUCCGACGUAUCAUCAUCAGCAACGAUACUCGGCUGAUAGUCCGGUAAUCCAUCAUCAUCUCCAUCACCAACAUCAACAACAACAACAACAACAACAACAACAGCAACAACAACAACAGCAAUCAGCUGCGAGCCAACAUCGGCAACAGUUAGCUAGCAGCCCGCAACAACUUCACCAGCAUCAUCAUCAUUUGAGCUCGGUGAGCUUACUCGAGGUGCAACAACAGUCUCACGGAAAUAGAGGCGGCGAUGAGUCCGGCCUCAUGGAGGUGGAGACCGGGGCCGGUAUACAUGGAACUGGCGUCCUCGGUGGUGCGAUCGGCGUUAGGGGUGCAGUCGGUGUCGUCGGUGGUAGUGGUGGUGUUGCUGCUGUUGGUGGUGGUGGUGGUGGUGGUGGUGCGGGGGCAAGUGGUGCUGCCGGUGCAGCAUAUGGGGACAGCGGCUCCGACAGCGGGGUAAGUUCCCUGAGGAGCGCUGGCUCGGGUGACGAGAGGAGCGGGAGCAGGAGUUCAGCGCUUAGCGUCGAAGAGACAACGAGCUCUUCGACGCCUAACGCGGCGGCUACACCGGCUAGAGUCUGGCACGUUCAGAGCGUACAACACACCUCUCUACUGAUGGCCCAUCCUCAGGCUCCCCCAAAUGCCGGUACCAGCGGUUCAGCAGCCGCGGCAGCGGCUGCGGCUGCUGCUGCUGCUGCAACGGCGCCACCUGUCGCUUAUCAAAAUCCGACGCCACCUGGACACCAUCAUCCUGCCGUCGCUACGGAAAUGCUCUGGAGGCCACCAAGAUAUCCACCAUUGUCCCAUGCUCUUCUUGGACCUGCUCAACCAACUCCUGAGGAACUUCUCGAGAGGGAUCGUCAUGAGAGGAUGCUUCGGGAACGCCGCGAAGCGGAAGUCCGUGAAUUAGAGAAACGCGAACGCGAGGCGAAGAUGGAACGAGAGAGGCUGGAGAAGCAAAGGGCCGCUGAGCAAGCGGUUCACAAACAUUUCGAGGAGUCCCUUAGGUUGGCACAGCAAAAGGUGUCUUAUAUUCCGCAGAGAAACUUGCAGUCGGCCUCGAUGGCGUGGAACACUUUCAUACCUCUCCCACCACACGGAAGUAGAAGCCACGGCGGUCCGCAUUCGGGAAUGACGGCUCAUGCCGGUCACCAUCAUCCUGGUGGUCCCGGUGCGACUGCGGCGCAUCCGGUAACGGUGGCGCAACAGCAACAACGUGAACGCGAGGAACGCGAAGCGAGAGAACGAGAACGGGAUGCGAGGGAGAGGGAACGGGAAAGGGAGCACCUGGUGGUCGCUGAGAGAUUGCACAGGCAAGCCGAGGCUAGAGAUCACGUGGCUGCUCAACAAAGGGCGGCUUAUUACGCUGCCACAGCACCACCGGCUCAACAGGUGUCCCGACCAUCAAGCGUACCUGGAAAAGUCGAAUACCCGCCACCACCGGCACAUUCUAGGACAUCGAAGUCAUCGUUGCCGGUCGGUAGUCUUCACGAAAAAGCACCGUCAGUGGUGGGUCCAUCGCACAGUUCGCUUCCAAAGGCUGAACCUAACGUGAGCCUCUUCAGUUAUUCCACGUACCAGCCGCAGCCGUCGUAUAUGCACGAUAUCAAAGUGAAGAGCGAACAGCUCGGACAAUCGGCGCACAAAACGUUACCGAGCAAAAGUGGCUUGGCUGGAGGACUCGAAAGGGAUCAUCAUGGUAGGGAGGUAUUGCAAAAUGCACCUUCUUUGUUAUCCGAUCACAAGAGUUCCGUUAUCGUGAAGAACGAAGGUAGAGAGUUACCGAAGGGUCCGCCACCGCAACAACACUCGCCGAGUCCGAAGAUGAUGCCGUACAUGAACGUUCAGCCGGUAACACCGCAGCACAAGCAGGCUACUUACGAGUAUAGGAGUCCAACGCAAAGUCCUCAUCAUCUUCAUCAUCUCGACGGCUUGCAAGGGGCAAAGAGCAUACCGCAAAGCCACCACAGAAGUGGGAGUAGCGGCGGAGGUUCUACGACGACGUCACAACUACCAAGCUCUCACGGUCAUCCACCACCACCACCACCACAUUCGCACAAUCGGCAGUCACCUCAUGCUCAACAUCCUCAUCAACCGCCCCACCCAUCCCCGCCAGAGCCGCGUUAUUUGAGCAGGUCCGAGCCUGGUCUACCUUACGCGACAUCGAAAUCGUCCUAUCCUUAUCCGCAUCCUCACCCACCGACGGCUUCGCCGACUUCGCAUUAUGCCACUCCUACGGCCGUCUCGAAGCCAAAAGUUAGCAGUCCGGCGCCACCGCAUAUAUACGGCAAGCCAAAUUCCGGUAUAAUGACCGGUACGCCAGUUUGCAGGGCUUCGGAGCCCGCAGUCGCGGCACCGAUACCUUUAACGUCGAAGGCCGGUAGCUCGCCUUACCAGCAAGUGCCUCAUCACCAUGGAGCGCCGCCACCUCCUUUACCACCACCGGCUCACAGUAGCAGAUCCGUAUACGAUAACAGGGGUUUCGCUGGCUCUAUGCCAGCAGCUAAACUACCACCUCCACCUCUUCAUGGAUCACCACCUACGGCCGCUUCGGCGCCCCUUUCGAGGCCAAUAGUUCAUCCUGCCCAUCACGGUAGCCCUCAUCAACAACCCGGUCAAACGUUGCAACACGCUCAACCGCAGAUUGCCGCUUCAAACUUCCAAACUCAACCUCUAGAUCUUGGAGUGGAAAGAUCUGGUUCACCUAAGAGAAAAGCUCCAACGCCACUUUCCUGCGAUAAUGUUAGCGGACAGCCGGUUUCCUUGGAGGUCUGUAAGAAACGACGAACGGAAGAACCACAACCGUUGUCCCUCCAAUGCGUUGGCCCGCCCGUUUUGUCUAGGGUGAGCGAACCUAGUCCUCUCAUUGCUUCGGCCGCAACUUCUAUCACGACUGUCGUUAAUACCGCGGCGUUGUUGUCUCAACCGAGCGACACCACCCAGUCUUCUCAAGAACGUACGGUUGCGGCCGAGAGUCCGGCUCCUAGAACAGCGAGCGGUGAUGGCUCAGUUCGGCCAGCCAGUGCCGGCAGCGUUAGCUCUUUUAAUCCUACUAACGUUAGUGCGGCACCGAGUCCAGCACCUAUACCAAGUCCGGCGCCAUCAAUGGCACCUAGUCCGGCACCGAGCGCUCCUGGUACACCUGCCAAAACUAAUCCUACCACGGUCGAUAGCGAAAAAUCGGAAAGUCCGGCCCCCAGACCACCUAGCAGUACUAGCUAUCCUGUUCAUAAAUUGAAAAAGGCUUGGCUUCAAAGGCAUUCGGGCGAAGAUGGCACGGAGGAUACCACAGGCAUGGUUGGAAGUGGUUCCUGUGUUACGUUACCUCUCAAUAUUUCUCAAGUACCAUCGCAGCCACUCAAUAACAAAGAACGCGAGCCAAGCUCGAACUCUAGUAGUACGACAACGACGACUUGUUUACCGAGCGCCGUUAAUUCCAUUUACAAUAUCGGUAGUAUGGCAGUGAACAGCAUCAACAAGAGCAAAGUCACUGCAAAAGGAAGUCGUAAGACAACGAAUAAGGAACCUCUUAAUGGUCACGCCACGGAUACGAAGAAUCUUCAAGAGGACUCAUCCAGCAGCGACCCUGAACGAAAGUCGCCGCCGAAAAGAAAACCACCCAAGGUAAAACGAAAGAAGGGAGCUGCACGGAGGCAACAAACUGCCGCAGAAGAUCAGCGGAGACACAAAGAAGAAAAACAAAGCGUAGGGGCUGGAGCAGGAAGUGAGUCUAGCAACGAAAGCGAAGCUGGAUCUGCUAGUGACACCAGUGAACAAUUGGGAGUUCAUCCUCCUCCGAGAGCACGACAUACCACGGCCAAUUCCAACAAUUCCUCGGGAAACGGAAAUAAUAAAGACCUCAGGAAAAGAGGCAGAAAACCAAAGACUACUAAAGGUAACGAUGCUGGAGGAGAAGAUCAACAACCUCGUCAAAAAAAAGAACGUAGAGAUGAGAGCACAAGUGGUGGUAACAAUGGACCUGGAGGAAGUGGUGGAAGGGGAGAUCCCUUUCGAAGACCAGCUGUGUCACAGUUAAAGAAGACAGGUGAAAGCUGGUUGCAAGAUGACGUUUGUUUCUACGCUGCUCCAAAAUUAGCGAAGUGUCGUGAAUGCCGGCAUGCUCUAACUAACGGCCUUAAAAAUCUUCCUCAAAAUGUCUUCUGUAGAUUCUACGCAUUUCGCAGAUUACGAUACACAAAAAAUGGACAAUUGGCUAUAGCAGGAUUUAGUGAUCCGCAUAAAGAUACUUCUGAGGAAGAUCUACGCCUAUGGUUGCCGGGAAAAAAUAUUCAGGACUCGGACGAUAAAGAAGAAAAAUUUGAAAAGGAUGAAAAAGAUAAAGUAGAGAAAGUGAUCAAGGGAGAUUUAGAUUUAGAGACAGCACAUAGACUUCUUCGACAAGUUGGAGAUCAAUUUUGUGAUCUUUUACACCAAGAGAAGGAUGCGCUUCAGGAACACAUGGCAGAAGUGAGUUCGGGAAUUACAGACGGAAUAGUAGCAUGGAAACGAGUACUGCCAGGCGUACGAGAAUUGUGUGAUGUAUGCGAAACGACACUUUUCAAUUACCAUUGGGCUUGUAGAAAAUGUGGUUUUGUCGUAUGCAUCGAUUGUUACAAGGGACGUAAAAAUGGAACGAUUAAGAUCUGGGGUGAAAGUGGCAAAGACAGAGAUGACUUUUCAUGGUUAUUAUGUACAAACAGACAAGCUCACGAACCGGAACGACUCAUGCUCACACAAAUUAUAGCCGGUGAUAGUCUCUUGCGACUUGGGCAACGUCUUCAUGACUGUCGAUCGGAAUGGGGAAUUCCUCAGCAUUGUGGUUGUUCGUUCGUUUCACCCGGUCAGCCAAACGAGAGUUUGAGAAAUUUAAUAAAGGGCGAGACAGUUUCUGUUCUUAAUGGAAACAUUAAGCAAGAACCCAAAGAGGAGAAAAAAAUAAACGAAUCUAACGGAGCAUCGGAGAACAAAGUGAAUGGCGAGGAUAAGAAUUCUCCAUUGAAUUGGUUGGCAGACGUGGCGUUGCAAAAUCAGGAUAAGAACGAAAGUGGAUCGAGUUCGGAUUCCGACGAGGAUCGUGAGGGCAAUUAUUCAACCUUGAGAGAGUUAUUAAUUAGGCCAUCCCACAAAUCUAAUGGUAAUGGGUCGAGAUCAAAUUCACCAACAAAUAAUCCUGGUAAUACCAAUCCUCCUUCUGGAACUAACACUCAAAACAAUAUCACCAAAUCUGGGAAGAAAUCGAAAAUGGAUACGCUUGAUGAAGUAAUAACUAGCGUGAUAGAGCACACCGUAACGAAAGAAAGGGAGAGUGGUGGACUGGACGACGAUGAGAAACCAAGAGAAUUGAAACAUUUUGUACGAAGAUACAAAUGGACUCAGAGAGGCCGAGAACCAUUACCCAUAAGAAUCAUGACGUUAACGGAGAGCAAAAGUAUUUAUCCAGACGUACCACAUUCAUGGCUGUGCGAUGGUAAAUUGCUCAGGUUAAACGAUCCAAAUAAUCCAAACAAUUAUAGAAUUUUCCAAGAUCAAUGGAAACGUGGACAGCCAGUGAUCGUCUCGGAUGUAGCUAAAUCCUUGGACAUGGACCUUUGGCAUCCGGACUCCUUUGCGAGAGAUUUCGGAGACAAAAAAAAUGAUCUUAUAAAUUGUAUGACUGGAAAUUUGGUACCGAAUCAACCGAUGCGUAAAUUCUGGGAAGGAUUCGAACACUUUUCGAAACGACUGAAAGACGAAAGGGGAAAUCCUAUGCUAUUGAAGUUGAAAGACUGGCCGCCCGGCGAUGAUUUUGCCGAAUUGUUGUCAACACGUUUUGUUGAUUUAAUGAAAGCUCUCCCAUUGUCGGAAUAUACGCAUCGACAUGGUAGAUUGAAUUUAGCGAGUCAUUUGCCCGAUUGUUUUGUAAGACCAGAUUUAGGUCCUAAAAUGUAUAACGCAUAUGGUUCGGCACUUCAUCCGAACAAAGGUACCACAAAUCUUCACUUGGACAUUUCUGAUGCGGUUAAUGUCAUGGUAUACGUCGGCAUACCUAAAGAUACCGAUAACGAUGAGUAUGUCAAAGAGGCAUUAAGAGCUAUAGACGAAGCAGGCUGUGAUAUUCUGACGCGUCGUCGUGUUCGCGAACGCGGCGAGGCACCAGGAGCAUUGUGGCACAUUUAUGCGGCUCGCGAUGCAGAUAAAAUUCGUGACUUAUUAAAUGCCGUUGCAUUAGAACGUGGUGCACGUUUAGAGCCUCAUCACGAUCCGAUACAUGAUCAGAGCUAUUAUCUAGAUGGGCCUCUGCGUGAACGAUUAUAUCGCGAAUAUGGUGUCGAAGGAUACUCUAUCGUGCAAUGUCUUGGGGAUGCCGUUUUCGUGCCAGCAGGUGCACCGCAUCAGGUCCGUAAUCUUCACAACUGUAUCAAAGUCGCCGAGGACUUUGUAUCUCCGGAAAAUGUUUCCCAUUGUUUCCAUCUAACGCAAGAAUUCCGUGAAUUAUCGGAUUCCCAUACAAAUCACGAGGAUAAACUGCAAAUUAAGAACAUUAUCUAUCAUGCCGUUAAAGAUUCCUUGACUGUAUUAGCGAAUGCCAAGGAAGAGGCCCUUGCCAAAUUGAAAACUGGUAAUGAGACGAAGAUUAAAGAAGAAACGUAGCCAUAGGCCCCUCACCGUGAUCGUAAGAUCCAAGAAUCAUUGUCUUGAAUAUAAGUCCUUCGCGUCUUGUCGCGAGAAAGUUCUAUUUGCUUCGAGUUCUAGAAGCUUUUCAUAGAGAAUGAGAGAGAGAGAGAGAGAAAAUUUUUAAAAGUGCGAGGCACAUUUUAGAAAAAGAGUGAGAGAGAGAGAGAGAGAGAGAGAGAGAGAGAGAGAGAGAGAAAGAUUGUCGAGAAUAAUGCACUCCGAAGAGAGACAGACAUCGCGUGGUGGUGUAAGAAUUUGUUGUGAUAUUUGACGAGUAAACUCGCGUUUAAUUUUCUACAUAACAUUGGCUGAGCCAAUCGAGGUUAUUCGUUAUUUCGUUUGACUUCCGUUUCCUUUUUCUUGUUUAUCUUUCUUAUUUUUUCCUUAUUUUUUAUUAUUAUUCUUUUUUUUUUUUCUUUUUUUUUUUUUUUUUUUUUUUUUAAUCCCUAUUACCCGUCUCCUUCUCUCCUACCCGAAAAACGCUAUCGAUGGACAUGAAGUCCGUGAGUUUUUCAUUGAAUUUUAUAUGGAUCGGUCAAGACUAAUGCCCGUGUCCACUUUACGAUUGUGAUACCAACAGGACUUUGGAUCAUACAUUAUUUGUAAUUAAUUAUAUCGUGCCUGUAUUCAAUACACACUGUCUAUGUCAUAUAUAAAUGUAGAUAAUCGGUUAUCGUAUAAUAAGAUCCUAACUAGAAUCUGUGAGAGAUUUUGUCUAGACUUUAGAGAUGAUGCUGCUGCUGCUGAUGAUGAUGCUGAUGCUGCUGCUGCUGCUGCUGCUGCUGCUGCUGCUGAUGAUGAUGAUGAUGAUGAUGAUGAUGAUGAUUAUACAUACCUUUGUGCAAUUAGUUUGUCGAUUAAAUUGUUAGCUGGCUCGGUGAGAUUACUCUUGAGUUUCAUUAUCGUGUGCUCCCAUCAUAAUUCGGUGCUUUCGGUAGUGAAUAAUAACGAUCUUGGCUCAACGAGUUCAUUUGAUCAUAUUUUCUCGCUUCUUUAUAUUGUGCUCCAUAUAUAUAAAAAAAAAAGUAUAUAUAUAUAUAUACAUAUUAUGUGUAUAUAUAUAUAUGACGGGAACAUGAUAAUAAAAUACUGCCUAAUUGAUUCACUUUAAUGCAUGUGUACUAUCGAUCAACAGAUUGCGUACAUCUGUGUGUUUAUUGUGCGGCCGACGUUACAUCGUUGUUUGUACCUGUUUUCACAACUUGUGUCGACUAAUAUAUACCUUACUUUAACGUGAAAGUAUGCCGAUUCGAGGAAAAUACAAACUUUUGACAAUUAUUAUUCGCUUAUUCGAAUAUCAGAAAAGAAAAAGGUAAUAAUAAACGACGGACAAGAGUAAAAAAUGAUAGAAAUAUGUAGGAAUGAUAAUCUCUAUUGGAUUGGAACAAUUACACAUGUAUGUAACAUCACACAUGCAGUUUUUGCAAAUUCAUUAAGUCAUGUUUUUUGACUUUUGAUCACUAUAGCCAACAAAGGGAAAGAUAAAACAAAAUGAAGAAGAAAAAGAAAAAAUACAAAGAAGAAAUGAAUCGAAACUGUUAUUUUUAUCAAAGUACUCGAGCCGUCUUUUAUCCGAUGAAUGGAAAACAAAAACAAACAAAGGAUAAUGUAAAUUGAUAUCGUAAUAAUGCUAACGAUAAAAAAAAUAAACUACGAUAACAUUAUUUAAAGGGAAAGAAAAAAGGAAUAUACAAGAAAAGAAUGAAGAAUGAAGAGAGAAAAACAAUGUAAUAAGUUUCAAAGUGCCAAUGUGAACGAUGAUGUGGAGACAUCAAAUAAUAAAUGUGUACGCGUUGUAUAUCUCGUAUGCGUAGGUAGCAAACAAGAGGAGUAGGAAGAGAAGGAGGAGGAGGAUAGAAAAAGAAGAAACAAAAAAAAAAGAAAAUAAAAGUAAAAUAACAAAUGGUUAGUUAAGCAAAAAGAAUCGCGCGCACCAGAUGACAGGGCCGAGUUCCUAUCACUGAAACAAUUUGCGUCAAACAAAUCACACAUCGCGCUAUUUACAGUGUUACGUACUUGAACAAUUCUUUCCGUCUAAUCGUAAUGCGAGCGUAUAAUAACCGACUCCAUCUUGAAUUUCUCGAAAAAAGAAGGCGCUAUUGUAUAUUUAUAGAUGUUUUUGAAACGUGCGACAGACAAACAAAAAAUUUUUCCGCGUCGCGAUUUAUUAAAAAAAAAAAAAAAAUAAAUAAAUAAAAAAAAAAGUAAUAAAAAAAGUAAUAAAAAAAGUAAAAAAAAAAAGAAGAAGAUAUAAGAAGAAAGAGAAAACGUUACGUAUUUCUGGCAAAAGAGACAAUUUCUUGGUUUUUUUUUUUUCUUUUUUUUUUUUUUUAGAUCGUACUCCGCUAACUUGCGCUUUUAUCGAUCGAAAAAUGUCAAGGACGGUACGUUGGAAUAAGUAAAAGUGAAUAAAAAUAAUGAAGAAAGGUUAAAAAAA